GCGCAGUUCAAGAGCCACGUCUACUCGAAGUACCGCGAGCUGUUGGGCUCGUACAACGACAAGGCAAAUGAAAUCCUGCAUACGUAUCCGGCGUACCGGGUGCAGGAGGAUCACGGAUUCGCACUCGGUGGGGACAACUACGGUGGACCUCCGCAGUCGACGAUCGGCAACUCGGCCCGUCGGAUACAGGCACAGCUGCCGGCAGAGCCUCCGGCCUGCGUACAGAAUGCGAUGAUGCGCCGGGAUAAGCAGCCUUUUACCUACACACCGGGCGGCAUCGACCUGUCGCAGAUCAAAUCGCCCCGGAUGGCGAAGCGAAUAUCGCGGAACGCCAACUCGGAGGGUGUGACCGGCCAGCCGAAGGUGUCCCCAUUGGCACAGAACAAUGGACCCAAUCACAGCAGUAACGGCUCCAGCAAUGGCAGCCACAAUCCAGUAUCCCCUGCAGCGACCCUCGGGGCGGCGGCCAUGGGAAUGCCCUUUCAGGUGUUCCCAACAGGGCCACCGGCGCCGCCACCGCCACCACCACCGACCGGUCGUGUGGUGCCCGGCGCGAACGGUGCCGGCACAAGCAGACCGAUGCCGCCGCCUCCGCCACCCCCCGGACCGGCCGAGGUCCGCAAGUCCCCAAGGCCACAGGUAUUCGAGGCGCCGCCGAUGGGAAUGCGACCGGAGAUCAAAAUUCCACCGAAUCCGAUGGCCAGCCUGCGGAAGGCCCCACGUCCACAGCCGAAGAACGACUUCUGGAUCGAGGAGUACCGGCGGGAGAAGCAACAGGACUCUGGUCCUUCAAUUCCCCGGCCGGUACCGCCCCCGAGUUACAGCUACACGAGCAGAGAUCUAGAUGAUGAAGUUGCUAAAAACACAUUAAAUCGCACAGACGGGUUCACCGUCCGCGGUGACCCACAGAAACGAUCGCCAAGCCCAUCCAAUCUAACUAAACCGCGCGAGAACGGUUCGGCGUCGUCGUCCUCCAUCAAAACCCCGCCGGUGUACGGGCAGAGCCCGGUACCGCCCAACCUUCCACCACCGAUCACCCCAACCAAAGUAUCCACCAGCCUCACGCCCAACACCAAAGUGUCACCUCCACCCGUCCGUCCCAAGCCAUCGCUCUCACCUGUGUCCAUCACCAGCACUAACAGCUACACCGGUAGGGAACAACCGACAGCAGUCGUCAAGAACACUACAACCGGUCCCGGUACAGCACAACCACCUCCACCGCCUCCACCACCUGCACAGUCAACCACCACCACGACGGCCACAGCACAGAAGAGGGAGCCACAGUCCUCCUCACAGUCCACGGUGUCCCCAUCCCCAACUCUCUCAUCCUCAUCGACAGGGCCAUCCUCAUCUUCGCCACCAUCAGUCACCAGUUCUGCGCCGACCGUAACGCCACCGUCGCUCGGCACACAGCGACCGGCUGCGCAGGCCCUCGGUUCACUCUAUAUACCGCCGAUACACGAGGUGUUUGCCAAUAGUAAGCAAAGUCUCUUAACCCAAGCGAGUCCACCAUGGAUGUCGUCCCGGCACAAUAGCCUCAAGGAGCAGCCCGAAUGGGUGCACCGGGACGACCAGGAAUCGCAGCCAGGUGCGACCACGAGCUCGACCGAGCGCACACCGCCACCACAGGAGAAAGAACAGCAGACAGUCACCAGCACCAGCAACAACAAUAAUAACAACAACAACAGCAACAAGAACAAAGAACCACAAGCACUGCGAGCCGCAGUCGCCAGCGGCAAGAGUGAAAGUGAAGCCACUAAAUCCGUUGAUUCUAUCGUCACAGCACCGUCCCCGGUGUCGGCUAGACCGUCUCCACCGUCGUCACAACAGCUCACACAGAACAGCGUCAGACCGUCGGCCGAUGUGUCCGGCUCGGCGCAACAGUCCACUACGCCAUCCGCUCAGCAGCAGCAGCAGCAGCAGCAAUACGUCCAGCAGCUUCAGCAAGCGGCUAGGGCAGCCCAGCCUUCGGCAGGAUUGGUGCAGUCCACGGUUACGAUGCCCGUGAGCCGCGGCUAUCCACAGCAAGGAUCGGUAUAUGCACAAGCACAACCUGUAUACUCACCCCAGUCGGCGGCAGGAUCACAAAAGGAGCGUAUCAUACCGAUACAGAUCGAGAAGUCGCCCGUUCAGUCGCCUGCAACGGCCCCAAGCUUCGCCCCGCCGCCCUACUACAGUCCCGCCCCUCAGUACGGCCCGACCAGCGCCAACAGCGCCAGCAGCAUACAGUCUCCCGUGCCGAUUGGCUUCGCUACACCGCACAGUGGAUUUACAACACCGACCGCCAUGUUUACCAAUCCCAACCAUUUCGUCAACCAAGGCUACAACAACAUCAGCUACCCGCCGACCCCGACCGCCCAGCCGCAGCCGCAUCCGAUGUACCAGCAUCAUCAGCACUAUGCGCCCCCGCAAACGCCGCCCCUGCACCACCAUCCCAUGCACCCGCAGCCUCCACCGCCCGCACAGCAGCAGCAACAGCGCAUGCAGCAGCAAAACAGCGCCACCAACGUGCGCAUCGUGCCGAUCAAGGUAGAGGGCGCUGAGCACACGGCCCGUGGACCACUGUCCAACACGCCGGCUAUCAUUCAGAGUGGUGAUCGUAGCUACAUCAUCCACGACAUCCCGCUAGAGGCUAAGAUUCGCUUUCUUAAAAAUAGACUCAGCGAUCCGAGAUCGUCGAACAAUACGCAGGCCUGGAACGGCAAUAACGCACCGAACCAGUCCCGCUCGUUCCGGGUGCUGCAACAGAUCACGGACACCCUGGAUGAGUCCGAGACCGGCAAGGGUGCGAAGGAAUCGAACAGUGAGGUCGCCGGACACGACCAGGCUGAUGGCCAGCAACUUGGACGCAAUGGGGCUCAGAUGACUCAUCAGCCGGAGUCGGCCGACGGGCAGAUGCGUCGAUUGCAGCUCAGCAACGAAGAUAAGGCCCUGAUGAAUAGAGUAAAAACCCAAGUCGACGGAGAAGUAUAUCUCCAUAACGAAGAAGAUCCUCGCUAUCGUGGUGCCGCCAUACCGUCCAAAGCGUUCAGGUACCUGCAGAACAUGACCGACAGUGGUCAAGCUGCGAACCAAACCAAUACCGGCUCUGGAAACCGUACUCAACAGAUGUUCAAUAGAGGAAACAAUAAUGAAACAGAUGGGGAACCCCCAGCGCAGUAUGUGCCACCGAGCGAGCAGAAAGUGGAAGAACCAAAGAAGUACACCGGCGGUUCCAUACCGAGCCGAUCUUUCCGUAUGCUGCAGGCCAUGACCGGAUCGGAUGCACCAGUUGAUCCAAAUUCCUCAGAUUCUGAGGGAGGUUCUAGUGUGAAGCUGCCCCAUUGCAGCGGCACAGACAUUCGAUACUCCCCAUAUCCCUAUCCCCAUCCGCAGCCAUACUAUUGCUGCAACCCCAAUUGGCACUACUACGAUCCAUCCACUAACCCUCAGUACUAUCCCCCACCGCCACCACCACCACCACCCCAUGCACCGGGUUAUUACUAUCCUCCACCGCCGCCUCCACCCGGCCAUUACGAUCGGGCCGGCGGGUUUUACGGUGGGUACAUGUCACCGCACCAUUUCUACUACGCACCGGAACCGUGCACACCAUGCACUCCUCCGCCGUACUAUCAGCUUAGCCAGCCGCAGACCGCGUACUGCGAGUCGCUGCCAGGCGAGGCAAUUCACACAUACGUGAUCAGGACGCCACCGCCACGCAUAGUGGUCACGCCGACACCGGCCGACACUGGCGACUCCUGCUCCGAUAGCGAGCUGCAGCAGCAACACCGUCGCGAGCAACUCGGUGAGCUGCACGAUGUGAUCGGUGAGUUCGUCAACGAGGGUCAUCAGCAGCGUCACCAUCCGCACCCGCUGACUCGGUCGCAGUCUAGCCUGAAGCGGCUGUCGGAACGGUUGAGCAACUUCAACCACGGCGGAUCGUCACCAUGCGAAGCCGAGGCGAAGUCGUCUCCGUCCUCGGUGCGGUGUUCGCCGUGCAGUCCGCUUAACGAGCGCUAUCGUACGUACGAGGAGAGUACCUCCUCGGUGCCUUCGUCUCAGUCUGAGGCUUCAGACUCAGAGGAUGAGGGCAGUGUACCGGCGAGACGCAAGAAAGGCUCGGUUGCAGAGUUUGCCAAUGGUGUCACUCGCAUCGAGAGCACUUCUCCUUCCCAGAAGAAACUCGCGGCCAAGGACGAACAGCGUCCGGUGAGCAAAGACAAGCAAGAGGAAGAGGAAGAAGAAGAUGACGGUGAAGAAGAAGAGGACGAGGAGGAUGACGACGGCGAAGAAGAGGAGGUAGAGAGCGAGGACGAUGAAACGGUAGGAUACGGAGGAUGCGAUGGUCCAGUUCCGGCCGAAGAACAUUUACCGCACCAGCUGAGUGUGAUCUUCGAGGAGGAAAGCGUCUACCAAUCCACGGUGGCAAGCCGGCGGGCCAGUGUCUGUAGCAACAGCUCUACGCUGAGCGACUGCUCUUCUACGCUGGCGAACGAUCUGGACGAGGACGAGGACACUGAGGGUAAACCGAGUGGCAAUCGGACGGACGACGAUAUCGAUCGCCUAGAGGAGGCGGAUAUGGAGAGGUCACUCGUUUCGGUACGUUUGCCGUUGAAGUUGUCAUUUAGUAAAUCCCCGAACAACGAGGACAUUGCGACGCUAGUCGUAGGGGAAAGUGAAAUUACCGGUUCGAGUGAGACGCUGUCCGGUACGACGAAGUGUUUUCCGAACAACGCGACCGAAGUGGACAGUGGCGAUGAAAGUGACACGGAAGAGGACGAUGCCUCGGAGAGUGAAACAGACGCGGCAACGGACGAGGAGGAUAGUACUGCCGAGGUUCCCAAGGCUGCUGUGGGAACAAAGGAGCAUGAAACAGACACCGACGUCACGGUGACGAUCACAAUUCCUUCACUUACAAGCAAGGCAAAAGUGGAGGAUCGUGGUGUCGAUCGAGCACAGGGAGUGAAACGAAACGAUCCCGUGAAAACGCCGUUCAAGAUUGACUACGAGGAAACGUCGGAGGUGUCGGUGUCAGUGUCGUUGCCCCUCAAGUCCAAGAGUGGCAGCAGUACGUCCGAAAUCCCUAAAGAGUCGACACCCGCCGAUGAGCCACAAACUGAAGGUGGAAACAAUGAUGACGGUAAACCGGAGGACGAAGAAGAGGAGGUCGAUUUCUGGAGUCAAAUUGGUGAUGAGGAGGAGGACUACCAGCGGCCGAUGCGUUCGUUUUCGCGUGACAUGUGGAGCAGCCGGGAAUUUAGUGUUGAUCGACAGAGUGUGUGGAGUCAGGACGACGAGGAAGCGACUACGACGGCAACGACCGACUUCUGGAGCGCGGAAAAUGGUCCCACGGAGGCAUCGGAUAUGUGGAAACUGGACAAACUACAGCCGGCUGGUGUGCCGCAUGCGUUGGCAAACGGCGAAGACGAAGCGAAGCGGGACUCUCUUGAGUACUGGCAGAAGGAAAACGAACGUCUGGUGAAGGAUCUUUACGAGGCAAGGAACGGUAAGGGUACAUUGGCUGCGAAGGAUGAGAACAACAACAAACCACGAAUGGCGCUGGAUGGAUCGCAGGGCGAUCGAAAGACUGAGGACCACAGCGAGGAAGAGCUGGAAGAACAGUCAGAUAGCGAGGAUAACAGUGAAGAGUACGAAACGUCCAACACGUCGAAGGAAGAGUCCGAAGUUGAGCAAGACCCCGGUGAUACUGUAAAGGAAACCUCGGGCAUCCGCAAGGAGGUCGUGCCGCCAAUGUCCGAGAGCAACGGCAACGAACUGACGCCUGGUGUCGGUGUUAAUGAAAAACUAGACAAGGAUAAGAAGCUGUCGGUGAAGGAGCGGAUAUCGCUGUUUGAAACGCAACGCAACGUGCCGAGUCCCUGCGGUGGAGAAACUCUACAGGUGAAUGGAGGAACGAUGCGCUCACCGAGUCAGAACAACAGACUGAGGCCACUCUCGCGCCAGAAGAUGUCGUGCGAUGAGUCCGAAGCGGAGGAUGACUCCGGUGUCACGUCGGACAUGAGCAAGCACAUCUCGGAGGUGGAAACAGACUCCGAGUGUUUCCCGGAGAUGCGAAAGAUGACACGGUAUCAACGUGCGGCCACACAUUCCAGGUUAUUUAAGCUUUUGCAGGACGAAAGUAACAACGGUGAUAGUGAGGACGAGGAAGCUAGUGAAGAUAUAAGUAACGAAGUGUGUAAGCAAGAGAAACAAGAGAAAAAGCACCAGCAACAUCCUAGAAGUAGAAAGCCUGAGUCGGAGGAGAUAUCACCGUCUCCCCAGACCGCGGUGGUUCGCGCAAACAUGCCUAGCAUGGCAACACAAGGCGAUGAGUCAGCCGAGGGACGGCGCGAUCGUCUAACUCUUCCCAUCUGCCAGCAGUCGUCCUCUGGCAACGAUAGUCUAUCGUCGUCUGGUUCGUCGGCGUCUCCUGUAUCAGGAACUCUGCAGAAUGAGAAGCUCGCCGAAGAGCUUGUACAAAGUCUGCUGAUGAAAAAGAAGGGCCGUCUGUUCCGGAAUCUGCCACUGGAGAAGCUGCAUGCCGCCGCUCUGAAGAUCCUGCAGGAGGAUCUCGAGUCCAACGGUACACUCAGCUCGACAGAGGAUAAUCUAGCAACGGUUGACUCCACACCGGCCCUGACACCGCAAGAAUUCAAGAGUGAGUACCCAAGCUCGUACGCAGACUACUACGAUACGUGGUGUAACGAGGCAACAGGUCAGCAGCUGCCGAAUGGCUGCUACUCGGACACUGGUUCCGACAGUGGUAUGGUGAAGGUGUUUCGUACCGUGCCCGAGCAUCAGCUGCCGUCAUUGGGGCGCAAAGAUACGCCCCGCUCAAUCGCUGCCACCACACCCAACGGUCACUGGUCUCCGCGUUGCCCGCGAGUCUUCAGCAACAAGAAUGUUCCUCGGCUAGCAGAAGUAAGGGAAUCGGAGGCAACCGGCCCAGAAUCACCAAGAGGCUCACGGCCACCCUCGAGAGCGUCCAACAAUCGAUCCCCGUUCCCUCCGACGAUGGACGACUACACGAAUCAGCGCAACACUGCCAACCGACAGUUCAAACUGCAAUAG